UGUAAUACGGGUGGAUACAACAGGGAUUCGUCGGGAGAUAUAUAGUGACCCAGGUAAAGUCUGAGUUAGUUGGCGAAGCAGGUGAAGGUGGCAUUUUGUAUGGACUAAGUAACAAGGCAUCUCUCGGGGCAAUGAAUCAUGAGACACCAUGUCGGAAUCACAUACGUCUACAAGUAAACGAAAGACUCAUGAAGACAGCGUCGCCGGUUGCGGGUUGCAGCAUCGACGGCAGCUACGACGGCGUCGCACGAGAACACAGCCCGUGCCGACCGUCGUUCGUGCCGCUGCUGAGAGAAAACGGUAGGAAACGCAAACUUGUUCUUCAUUUCGACAUCCGUAACACCGUGCUGGUGGCGGAUUCCGUAACGAACGUAACGGUUGAGCAGGCUCUCAACAGCUUUUUGACCGGUGUCACGUGGGGCAAAGAUGACCAGGACGGGGAGUGGGUGUGGCACUCUAAAGAACCCUCCCUGGUCCCUCCUAGACCCGACUCCAUCACGUUCUACAAAUAUCUGGAACGAACGCUGGUUCGCACCCCCAUGGACAGGACGGAGUUACGGAUAGCGACAGGAGAUUUCGUUCAUCGUCCACUUGGAGAAGAAUUUCUACCAUAUUUUGAAAACCGUCUGGCACUUCUUAAAUGGAAUUACCCGUACGUUCAGGCCCGGGACGAAUGCUUGACAAUGCGUGGGAAAGAUGGCCAACCGUAUCAUUACAUCUUGCCGUCCUUGUACAAUCUGAUUCAUUCGCUGGUACAGAGAAACAGAGACUUCGCUAUCGUGAUAAGAACUUACGGAUUAGACUGCGCAAACGUGUUAAAAAGUUUAUCAUACGGACUAAAGGGAAACCAUCCUGGGUUUCCAUCGCCUGUUAAUCUGGCAGUUGACCUCACCCCGGGCUCGAUAAUCCGAUCAAGUAAUGAUUCCGCUUGCUUGGAAACGUACAGUUCUCGAAAAGAAUCAGACUCGAAGAUGACAAACUUGUUUACUUGUAAAUCAGGUGACAAAACCAGGCCAGGUGGAAAUGUACCCUGCCAGGUGGUUCACAAACUCUACCAUGAACGCGAUAUAUAUAGAUUCGUUUCAAAACUACAGGGCAUAUCUGGCUUCGUGGAUGACUUCCGAUACUGGCAGAGUAACAGUUACUCCUACAGCGCCGGGAAGCCAUUUUGGAUUGACGGAAGUGACGUAGGUGUCCACCAUAUUAUCUUCGACGACAACUUCCGGUCGUACGAAGAAGACAGCAUUGUGGAUGUGAGAAAAUUCGAAGAAAGUAAACAAAUAGCGCGUAGGUUGUCUAAACAGGAAAUUGCAGAAUUUGAGGAUGUGUGUUUGGUGCAAGCGGAUCUGUUACAAAGCGUGGAGGAUCAAGAUUACUUCAUUAACAAGGUGCAUGUUUGCGAGAACAAUUAUUCAAAGUUUUUGAAACAAGGCAAGCUGUGAAUAACACGAAGUCAAAUUGAGGAUAUAAAUGUAUUUAUAGUGUAACUAAGUAGCCACCUAUAAAAUGUAUUGUUUUAGUAUGUUUGCAGAUCAAGACACCUAUUUUGUUACGUGAUUUUUACGUACGUUUAAGCAUGAUACGCUAGAUAAUCAUUCAUGUCUUUCAUAGGACUUCACCGUCGUCAUUUUCAUUUGACCUUGGUCACAAUUUGGUGACGUAAUAUACUAGAUAUUAUUAGUUCAAAGAUUCGGUUAUCUAGUCAUUUCGUCGCCAAUGUUAUAGAGUUGAAUGUUAACACGUGCCAAAAAAUGUCUGUAUGUGUACAUAUGAAAUAUAUUAAAUCUAUACAGAGAAUCCCAUGAUACCUUCUAAAAAAAAAAAAAUUAUUUAUUUAUUUAUUUUGUUACUGAA